CGGCCUGCCGGCUUGUUUGGAGCCGCCUGCCCUUCAACACAGCCGGGGGCCGGGGGAGGAAGCGCCGCGUGGCAGUCAGCGGCGGCAGGAGUGGGGACCGGCCGCGGAGAGGACCCGCUUCGCGCAGAGCCGCCUAUAAGUGCUUCCUGUAAAGUAUUUUGUAGAAGAAUGCAUUCUUCAAAGAAUAAAAAUGUAGAAAAGCCAGAACCAUUUUAUAGACUUUCAGCACCUAAGCAGAAGACCAGUGCUGAGAUAAUAAAUGAAGCACGAAAUGCACUAAGGACUUUAAGGACUCAGAGGCCAUUUACACCUAGAGAGGACCAAAGGAAACUUUUUGGAUCUGCAUCUUCACGAACACUAGAAAAUAGACCACCUUCCACUUUUAGUCUCCAUGCUUCCAGUUUUGAAUCAGGUGAAUCAAGACCGGUGUCUGGUACACGUCUCAGCCCACUGGACCAUAAGCCAAAACUACUUUCAUCGCCUAUAAAAGAUGAAGAUUCUUCCAUUUCCUUCCCGAAGCCUCCAGUGGACCCAAUGGAGGUUAGGAAAGUCAGCAGUGCCCGGGCUCGCUUAUGUAGAACAGCUUCUCAAGGAAAUCUCCUUCCAGAUAAAAUAUUUCUUCCUGAUGAGAAUAAGGAAGGGGUAAAUUCUGAAGAACCAGCUACCAUGGAUGAUCUUUCAAGGAGAAGUAAUAAAAGUUGUUUAGCAGAACUAAGUCCACACUCCAAUUUUAAGGAUGAUGGUAUUCCACUAAUUUAUAAUGAGCAUAAUAAGGCAGAGGAGCAAGACUUCUUAAAAGAGGCAGUAGCAACAUCUCCAUUGCAAUUCAGAAGUGGAAGUGACCAAAUUAAAAACGGAGACAGGGCUUCAUCAAAUCUAAGCAGGAUUAGCUGGAAUACAUCAGGAAGCAAAGCAGGCUCAGAGAAUGACUCAAGAGUAAAUGAAACAGAAGAGGAAGAAAACUACUGGAAUGUAAAGAUUGUACCAAUUAUAUAUGAAUUAGAGAAUGAAGACAAUAUAGAAAACCUCUGUCGUGCCUGCACCAGCCUCCAUCAAGCCUUGGAAGAAGGAAAUAUGUUUGGAAAGAGAUUUAAAAGAAGAAGUGCACUUCUGAAGCUAUUAUAUAAACUAGUUGACAUUGGUUCAGACCCACUUGGCCUGAAACUGGCAAGAAUGAUUCUGGCUCUGAAAGUAAGUGGAAAGAAUCUGCUCAAUGUCUGCAAGCUUGUGUUUAAAAUUAGUAGAAAUGAGAAAAAUGAUUCGCUCAUUCAAAAUGAUAGUCUAUUGGAUUCUUUGUUGGAGAUCCUGAGAUUUGAAGAUCUACAAACAAACAAUGAGGCUUUUCUGUAUUGCCUGGGAGCAAUAAAAUUCAUUUCUGGAAAUGCAGUGCUCCUUAAUGAACUGGUUAACAAAGGAACUGUUGAAAUAUUGUUUCAGUUAAUGAAACAGAUUAAUAAUAUUAAAGAAAGUGACACCCGUUUCUCCAACUUGGGCCACCUAUUAGUCCAGCUGACUGCUACUUUGCGAAACUUGGUUGAUUUACCUCUUUCAAGAUGCCAGCUCCUGUGUAGUGGUGCAGUUUCAGAGCUCUGGGUGGUGCUGGAGCAGCGUAUGAAUGAUAAGGAUAUAUGUGCCAAUAUUGUCAGAAUAUUCAGCAAACUUUCUUCCUACAAUGACUGCUGUGCAGCUCUGGCAGCAUGCUCCAGAUGUUAUGUCUUAUUUUUAGCCCUUCUAAACAAACACCAAAAGAAGCAGGAUUUAGUUGUCCGUGUUGUUUUCAUUCUUGGCAAUUUAACAGCGAAGAACAACCAGGCCCGUGAACAAUUUUUUAAAGAGAAAGGAAGUGCUGACACCCUGAUAUCAUUAUUCCAAACGUACAAUGAAUUUGAUUUGAAUACAAAAAAAGAGAAACAUGAAGGAGAAGAAAAUAAAUCAAAACAAAAGCAUCCUUCAGAAGCAGAAGAUGUCCUUAUCAAACUGAUAAGAGUGCUCGCCAAUCUCUCCAUUCAUCCUAAUGUUGGUGCUGUUCUGGCAGCUAACCAUCACAUUGUGGCAUUGCUUAUUACUGUGCUAGAAUACAAGUCAGUUGAUGACUGUGAGGAGCUGGUGAUCAACGCUGCUGCAACAAUUAACAAUUUAUCCUACUACAAAGUGAGGAAUUCUGUAAUCGAAGACAAGAAGCUGCACAUUGCAGAGUUGCUUCUAAAGCUGCUAAUGAGCAGCAAUAUGGAUGGAAUUCUGGAAGCUGUUAGAGUCUUUGGCAAUCUUUCCCAAUACCUUGAGAUCUGUGACUUCAUCGUACAGAAGAAGGUAUACAAGUACAUGAUUGCUUUGCUCGAUGCCAAACAUCAAGAUGUCUGCUUUUCUGCCUGUGGAGUUCUGCUAAACCUUACUGUGGAUAAGAACAAACGAGCUAUACUAAAGGAAGAAGGAGGAAUUAAGAAGUUAGUUGAUUGUUUAAGAGACUUUGGGCCUACAGACUGGCAGUUGGCUUGCUUGAUAUGCAAAACGCUGUGGAACUAUAGUGAAAAUAUCACAAAUGCUGCGUCAUGCUUUGAAGAAGAUGAUAUCAAUACACUCCUAGUGCUGCUUGCAUCGUUUUUAGAUGAGGAAUUAGCAUUGGAUUACAGCUUCGACAGAGAUUUAAGGGACUAUCACAAACUGUAUUGGGAAACAGAGUUCAAGCCUGUGGCACAGAAGCUUCUCAACAGAAUUCAAAGCCACCAUUCCUUCCUUCAGCCUAUAACUAUUACUUCAUUUUAACCUGGGGGCUGCUAAAAAACUGUUAAUACAAACCGCAGACUAUUUCAGCUGUUUUAAAAUAGUAGUAGUAAAUGCAAACAAGGUUUGCUAUUAAUAUAUUGAAAAUAACUCCAUUAAGUGCUGAUUAUUUUUGUAUGUAGAUUGUAUAUUUAACUAUUUCUGAUGCUACCUAUACAUUUUCAUUGGCAAGCAUGCUGGACAUUAUGGGACAAAUGAAUAACAUUAAUUUAUCUCAUAGCUAGACUGAAUACCAUCUUUUGAGAAAGUUAGUAUUUGUAUAAUGUCGCUUAAAAAAUUAUUGAUGUAAUGUGGCUUUUCUAUUAAUUAAAUUCUGUUGCGGGUUUCUUUGGUGGAAAAGUUUGUUCACAGCUGAAAAGAGACUAUUUGAAUAGUUUGCCAAACUUACUACUUAUACUUGUUAGAGUCCCUCCCCUCUUCCCCCUCCCCCCCAAUGGGCACAUGGGAAAUCCUUGGCAGCAAGGAGCUAUGCAUUAUAAAAAGAUUGUUCCGCAGCACACUACGUCUAUCUACAGAUUUGGGCUUGGUACGUCUUCUCCUUCAUAAAAUUCCAGAGCAAAUUUUACUUUUGGAGUUUGUUCUUUUCACAAGAUUCUCUCUUAAACGAAGCACAGGAGCUUGAAUUUUUUUUUAAAUGGUAAACUGGAAUUUUCCCCUUUUUGUGAGAAAGGGAGACAUCAUCUCUUUUCCUCCUCUUUCAUGGGGAUUUCCCUCUUCAUUGAUGAGAGAGGGGAAACUCUAGCCUCCUACUCUAAACUGCUGGGAGAGAGUCUCUCUACCAUCCCCAUUCUUGGCUGGGGAUUAUUUUUCCUCUCCACUGGAGGGAUCAUGUGCUUUAUCAUUUUCACAGGGAAGCUGGUGAUCAGCUAUCUCAGCUUUCUUCAGCUCUGGUCUGGGCAAGAAUCUAAUGGAUCAUGAGCAGCCUUCUUUCUCCCUCUUUCCUUUAUGCAUGACUAGUCCUGGCUCUGUCCUUGAAAUAAGAGGAAGAAUUAGUAUUAUAGGACUAGUCAUGCACAACAGAAAGGGAGAGAGAAGGCUGCCCCAAUCCACUGAAUCAGUGCCCAAACUAGAGAUGGAGAGAGCUGGGAUGGGGCGGGGGGAUGUGCCCGUGCAAUAUUCUACUGUUGGUGCAAUGCAUCCUGGGUACUUGUUUGAAUACUGUUGGCCAGCAGUUUCCCUUGGAAGUUUUGAAUCUAUCAUGUGUCUUAGUGCCUCCAACUGGGGGCAUAAUAUGUGUACCCAGCAUUACUCAGUACUCAAGAUCUGAUGCUACUUUGGUAAAGCUGCCUCCCGUUCAUUGUUUAGGCAGACUCCUAUCACUCGCCUCCUGUGCUCUAGGCUAUGGCUUGUGAACCACCAACAGUGGAAUACACCUCUACCCCCAUAUAACGUGACCAGAUAUACAAAUUUGGAUAUAACGCAGUAAAGCAGCACUCCGGUGGUGGGGGGUGGGGAGAAUGUGCACUCUGGCAGAUCAAAGAAGUUCGAUUAAUGCGGUGUCACCUAUAAUGUGGUAAGGUUUUUUGGCUCCUGAGGACAGCGUUAUAUUGAGGUAGAGGUGCACAUAGGGACUUGAAGAAAGCUAUUUACCUUACAGUAACUGUAAUUCUUUGUGUUGUCCAUAUAUGGCAGUUGGGGUUGGCCUGCCCUCUGCACCCUCACUCAGAGGCACAAGGACAUUGAGGGUAUAGGAGCGACAGCCGCCCCACCCCCCCAAACAUUGGUGGCCAAAAGAAUCCAAACUCAAACUACAGGGUCCAUGUGCACCAUCAAUGGAAUAUAAGCUGACAACACAUAUCAAAAUAGUAUAGUUAAUGUAAGGUAACCACAGCUUCCAUCUAGAAUGAGAAGGUUUUCUCUUAGAUAUCAUCCUUCACUGUUUUAAGGGCAAAAAGCUUGAUGGUAUCAUAACCAACAUACAAAGCAGUGCAGAGUGGUAAUGCUUGAAAAUGUGUGUAGGGUUGAGAGCGAGAGAGCAUUUGGAAUAUUAUUGAAGGAUCAAAGUGUCUUUGGGCCAUAGGGGAAAAAUACCUCUUAGGUUUAGCUGCCUCUGUUGGCAAAAGGAUGAGUACAGCUCUCUGAGCAACACUGUAACUCCAGUUUUCAGAGCAGAAAUCUCCCCUUUGUCUUUACUGCUGCCUGGAGUUAGAUGCAGUUCAACAGAGCUAAGUUUUAGGAAUUGCCCUUUAAAGCCAAGUUCUUACUCUAUGGUUUUGGAACAUCAAAAUCCUGUUGAGAGGAAAUAGCAGAUGCUUCCUGUUAGUUACAAUUUUGUGACAGUUUAUUAAUCUUUCCCCCACAUCAUUUUAGAUAAUGUUUUAGCUUUUGGGGCUGUAGUAUCUUUCUAAGCUAUUUCUAGAAUGUUCCUACUCCACUAAAAUGGGCUUUAGUUUUCAACUGAAAUACAAGUAGCAUUUAAUGAAACUGUUCACAAUUAAGGUUCAGAGGUAGAAAUAAAUGAAGCAGAUUGUUAAUGGUAUAAAUCAGAAUUAGCAUGUGUGUGCGCAAUACCUCUAUAAUAUCAAACCACUUCUUUAGCUAGUAGCUGAAAUAUUUUCUUUUAGUGUCUGGCUCUCUUUCAAUAGGUACUCACCACAGCAAUUGUAUAUAGACUAAGGCCACAAGGGACCAUCAUGAUCAUCUAGUCUGACCUCCUGCACAUUGCAGGCCACAGAAACUUCCCCACCCACUCCUGAAAUAGACGCUUGACCUCUGGCUGAGAUACUGAAAUCCUCAUGGAGCUUGAGGGCCAUGGUCACUAAUGCAUCUUUCUUUUUGUAGGGCCCUACUCUGCCUGUAUCAUAACAUUGUUUUAAAGAGCAAUCCUGUAUCCCUCUAGGCUCAUACUAGCUUAUCCUCAGCAAGAGCCAGCUUGAUUUAGUUGAGUGAGCACAAAAGGCUGGCAGCCAGAAAUCUUGUUUUAAUUCCAGCUUUGCCACCAAAUUGCUCUGUAACCUGCUAAAUCGCAGUCUCCUUUUCCCAAUCUCCAGCAUCAGGCUCUCGUAACUAAUCAUCACCCCUCUAUUAGCUAGGUAAUAUUUGUACAACACUGCAUGUAUGUGUUAAGUACUAUUAUAAUACAUUGCAGGAACAUAGUCAAGAAGAAUUUGACAUUACUCACUCUUUUGUACAGUGCAAUAGAUAGUGGGGACUUGUUAAAUUUUUUGUUUAAGCCUGGCAGCACUGAGUAGAUUAUUCUUCAGUGACAUACAUGGUGACUCAUGCAUUUACUAAAUGAAGACUGGCUUAAUUGAUUAACGAAUGUCCUUUCUCUCCUUACUCAACUGCUGCUUGGUUUUAACGCAUUCUAGCCCAUGAAAGUUUCUUUGACUGAUUGAUAAUUUAUAACACAAGUUCUGGAACUAGACUCACUAAAGGUCACUAGUAUGUUUUAUCUUUGUACUUAAUUCUUUUGAAAAUACCCAGGGACCUGGCAGGUUUGAAAAAAUCAAGUUGGAAAAUCUCUUCUCAUAGGUCAUGGUAGGGGAGUAGAGUCAGGGAGGGAACAAAUAAUGGUCUUGAACAAGCAAGAGAAGGUGGUACUGACUAAAGAUAAAAUGUCUACUGGGGUGAACUUUGUAUUUUCCCCCUAAAACUAAUCACUACUCCCUUAAUCUGACCAACUGAAAAAUUAACAGGGAGGUUCCGUCAGCUUCACAAGUUAUAUAGGAGGUUUGCUCAGCUGUGCCUCUCACAGGCUUUGAUCCUUUAGUGUAGUUUAAAGCAAUAAGGUGGUGUAAAAUAAAGAACAGAGAAAAAAGUUGCUACCCUUUAUUUAAAAAUACCAGUAAUACUGACAGAUUUCAAAAGCAAUUCACACUCAUAAAGUGUUCCAUGUAUUCUCUGAAACCAACUGUAUAUUGAACAUUAUCAUUUUAAUGUUUUGAUUUACUAAAAAAUAGAUGUUUUUCAGCUUAGUUACUUAAGCAGCUGCAAAAUCAUUAAGACUAGCACUGGGCUUGUGAUACUCUGGACUGCCAAACAGUCAGUGUAACAUUCCCACACCUUAGCUAGCUCCUAGAAACAAAAAAAUGCAGGACAACAAAGGAAUGGGCAUCAGUGACAGAAAAUGUUCAUCCUUGGAAAGCAGAUUAAGGGGCAAUUCAUGUAUUUCUACACUUACCUAAAUAGCUUUCAGGACUGAAUUUCCCCAUCCCCUCCCUACAGCAAGACAACUGCGCUUUGGAUUUCACCGAAGAAUUCUGAACACAUUGUCCUACAACAUGUUUUUCUUUAAGGCGAUACUACAAGUAAGAGAAAUCUCUGUUACCCUCAAAAUUGUCAGUAUGGCCUGAAGAAGAUUAGUUCUGACUUUUAAGAAGAUGCUAAACAAGGGGGCAUGUUUUCUUUAAAACCACACACAAUGUAGGUUCAGAAUACAGCAGUGCUCAUUUUCACUUACAGCUUAACUGGAACAGCCAGUCUCAGUUCAUUCCACCAGCACAAAUAGCAGCAUCCGGGUUUUCUAAAAUUAUUCUUACGUAUCAAAAGCAGGAGUCAUCAAGGUGCACUUUUUUUUUUUUGCUUCUUAUGCUCCAGCUCCCAUUGUAUUUAACCUAA